UCUGUCGCUCCUUGAGGCCCAUUGAGCCAUCUCAACUCCCUUCAAAUUCCGAUUGGCAUUUAGUAUUCGCUGAUUGGCUUCCUCUCUUCCGUCGCCAUGGCGAACCGCGAGGUGUUUACUCCGCUGUCCGAGAUCACCGGUCAGAAAAGCACUCCAAAAGGUCAACAGCAUGCACCGCAAAAGCAGCAGCAGCAGCAGCAACAAGCUGCACAGCCGCCGCGGACUAUGGUGCAUGAUCCAGACAAGGUGAAAAAGCUUAGCCAGGUACACUUCAAGGCCUCGCACGGUAUCCUCGUGGCUUUCUUUUGUUUCAUGCUUGUACUUCACGUUUUCGGUAUAUACCUAUUCACGAGCGGUUUCCUCCUUACGCGAUUGGUUCUCGACCACAAGUCGGAAUGUGCUUUGCCUCCUAUCGACACGGCAAACUCCUAUACUGCGGGCAAUCCAGAGAAGGGAUGCUGGCACCCCAAGACAUUUGACAAGGCAGUUGUCAUCAUUGUCGAUGCGCUCAGAUAUGAUUUUACCGUGCCAUUCGAGGCUCAAUUCGAACCUACCAACCUGGCUGCCGCUGCUGCGAACCCCUCUGAGGCACUGCCAGUUGCCCCACGCCACUUCCAUAAUGCGUUUCCUGUCCUGUACGAGACGGCUAUGAAUCAGCCUGAGAAUGCCUUUCUCCUUCCCUUCAUCGCGGAUCCGCCAACGGCCACGAUGCAGAGAUUAAAGGGGCUAACAACGGGCACAUUACCGACUUUUAUCGAUGUGGGAAGCAACUUUGCGGGCCAAGCAAUUCACGAAGACAACAUUGUUGGCCAGCUGAAGAACGCAAGCAAGAGGUUGGUCCAUCUUGGAGACGACACGUGGCACGCACUUUUCGCCGACUACUUUGAGCCAAAUCUCACGCACGCGUACGAUUCGUUCAAUGUCUGGGAUCUGCAUACGGUAGACAAUGGCGUCACCGAGCACAUCUUCCCGCUGCUAAAGGCUGAGAAUGCAAGCAAGUGGGAUGUCAUUUUCGGCCACUACCUGGGCGUAGACCAUGCUGGGCAUCGUUACGGUCCCGAUCACCCCGCUAUGACUGCGAAGCUGAAUGAAAUGGACACUGUCUUUCGUCGCAUGAUCAAUGAGAUUGACGAUGAUACACUUUUGGUAGUCAUGGGUGACCAUGGCAUGGAUGCAAAGGGAGAUCACGGAGGAGAGUCGGAUGAUGAGAUCCAGGCUGCUCUGUGGAUGUACUCCAAAAAGGGCAUCUUUGGACGCAGCGACCCUUCCUACGUCACUCCUCCACGCAACGCUCAUAUCCGGCCGGUCGGCCAGAUUGACCUUGUUCCAACUCUUUCGCUCUUGCUAGGUAUGCCAAUACCAUUCAACAACCUUGGCAAGCCGAUCGAGGAAGCUUUCAUUGGAAAGAAAGGAGACAACUUCGCGAACCUCGCAGCUGUCAACCGCAUGACUGCUGCACAGAUCCAUAAAUACCAGCAUGAAUACGCACAGGCGCGAGGUAUUCCCGAUAGUACCAGAGCCACCUCGCUCUCCCUGUGGACGAGUGCAAAUGACGCAUGGAACUCACUCGGAAAGUCCAAGGCGAAUAGUGUACAAAUGCGCCAAGUCUACGACGCCUUUUCUGCUUACCAACACGAUACCCUCGGUCUUUGUCGCGCCCUUUGGGCCAGGUUCGACAUUCCAAGAAUGAUAAGUGGUGUCACAGUCCUAGCGUCUAGUCUAAUCGUUCUCGCGCUCUACGCUAGGAUUCUCCAUGGAGACCGCACUGAGGUUACACCCGUCUUCUUCACUCGAGGUGCCAUUGGCCUGGCCUUGGGGGGUAUUGUUGGUGUUGGUAUUACCGUCUUCAUGCCUGAGGAUGCAAGAUCUCAUGUGGUUGUCCUCUCUUCUGCACUCUCUGGAAUCAUUGGCUGCGCGUCCACAUUCUACGUCCUUAGCUACCGCAUGAUGCCUCUUAUGCCCAACACCAUCUGGGGUUGGGCAAGUGUUGUAUUCACCUUUGCACUUUCUGCCGGUUUUGCAGCCAACUCAUUCACAAUCUGGGAAGACGAAAUUUUACUUCACUUCUUGACGACGUUUGGCGUUCUUGCACUCAUCUCCUCACUUCGUCAGAGGCGCCUUGCAGACCGAACAUUGGGCGCCUAUCAUUCUAUUCUCUUCACCGCCCUGCUAAGAGUCGCCAGUUUCUCAAGACUUUGCAGAGAAGAGCAAAUGCCUUAUUGCAAGUCCACGUACUAUGCUUCUGCGUUAUCCACUACCUCUGCACCAUGGCAGCUUCUCAUCCCUGCUACAGUCGCUAUUCUCAUUCCUACAUUCAUCAAAAGCUACUACGAGGGCACAAAGAGCUACCAGCACAACGCAACUCUUUGGAUAGGACUGGCAUUGCGCUUUGGGCUGAUGCUUUCGGCAGCUUAUUGGGCUCUAGAUGCUGCGGACGAUGGCGAGUGGCUACCCGACUGGGUGAACGUCAUCCGUAUCACGAAGCGCUUCCUGGCACAAAUUGUACUGGCAAUCAGCAUGGCAUUUGGAUACUCGAUUUACAACUGGUCAAAGCCUCUUCUGAAUGUCAUCAUCGAUAAAGACGGCAAGGAUGCAAAUGGUGCACCGAAAGAGGCGGUCACUGUUCUCGGGUUCGCAAAUGUUGAGGGCUCGCGCUAUGCCCUUCUCAUUACCAUAUGGUAUCUUGCCAUUGCCCUCCUCCAGAAGCCAAUGGGAGCUGGUGCCAUGGGCAUCUUAGUCUGGCAGCUCUUCUCCCUUUUCGAGAUCAUGGAUACGAACAACUUGCGCCAGUCCCCGAUCGGUCCCGUUGUCCUAGGCCUCCUUGGAUCUUUCCAUUUCUUCAAAACAGGCCAUCAAGCCACGCUCUCAAGCAUCCAGUGGGAAUCGGCCUUUAUCCCACUUGCUAAGAUUCGCUACCCAUGGACACCUAUUCUUGUCAUUCUUAACACAUUUGGCGCCCAGAUCCUGUGCGCAGUCGCUGUCCCCGCCCUUGUUUUGUGGAAGGUGAAGCCACAGAAGAAGGGCCUACUCAGUGUCGUGGCAAAGGCUGUGGCUACCCAUAUUCUCUUCUAUGCUACAAUCAAUCUGGCAACGACCAUGUGGGCCGGCCACCUUAGGAGACACUUGAUGUUGUACCGUAUCUUCAACCCAAGAUUCAUGGUUGGCGCUGCCGUGCUGCUUGUUGUGGAUCUCAUCAGCAUUGCCAUUGCGCUUUGGGGUACCAGGAUGAGCAUGUUGAGUACAGCGGAGCUUUCGCGGUUAACGGCGAAGGAACUUGAACAAGCGUCAAGCCUAAGUCGUCUAUUUGGUGGUGACUGGGAUUACGAUUCAGACGGACUUGGAGCGGCUAUAUUGGUUUCGGAUUUGGCUCCUGUACGAGCAGUUGCUAGCAACUACUUCACCUCACCUGAUCGCUACAACUUGAUCGACAGGACAGACCGGAGGGGUAUACGACCCGGCUAG